UGGCGCCCGGCGCAACCGGCAUUUUGGAGGCGAGAUGAUCGAUUAGCUCGAGGUUCGCCCCGCGGAGGCAGCUCGGCUAGUUCGGGCUGGAGUGCUUCAUCGCGGAAGCGAGUUGAAGGCCGUUGUGACGGGUGUGGUCUCACCGGCUCACCGGGGUCGGUAGGGGUCCUGCUGCCAACAUGGCCGACCCUGACCCCCGAUACCCCUGCUCCUCGAUCGAGGAUGACUUCAACUAUGGCAGCUGCGUGGCCUCUGCCAGUGUGCACAUCCGAAUGGCCUUUCUAAGAAAAGUCUACAGCAUCCUUUCUCUGCAAGUUCUCUUAACUACAGUGACUUCUACAGCUUUUUUAUACUUUGAGUCUGUACGGACAUUUGUACAUGAAAGUCCUGCAUUAAUUUUGGUGUUUGCCCUCGGAUCCUUGGGUUUGCUUUUUGCAUUGACUUUAAAGAGACAUAAGUAUCCCCUUAACCUGUACCUGCUUUUUGGAUUUACGCUGUUGGAAGCUCUGACUGUGGCCGUUGUUGUUACUUUCUAUGAUGUCUAUAUUGUUCUACAAGCUUUUAUACUGACUACUGCAGUAUUUCUUGGUUUGACUGCAUAUACUCUACAAUCUAAGAGAGAUUUCAGCAAAUUUGAAGCAGGGCUGUUUGCUGGUUUGUGGAUUUUGUGCUUGUCAGGAUUCUUGAAGUUUUAUUUUUAUAAUGAGACAGUGGAGUUGGUCUUGGCUGCUGUAGGAGCACUUCUUUUCUGCGGAUUCAUCAUCCAUGACACACACUCACUGAUGCAUAAACUGUCACCUGAAGAGUAUGUAUUAGCUGCCAUCAGCCUCUACUUGGAUAUCAUCAAUCUAUUCCUGCACCUGUUGAGGUUUCUGGAAGCAGUUAAUAAAAAGUAAUUGGAAGCAGUAUGUAUAAACUGUUUCAUUAAAUAAUAAAGUUUGAAAUAUAAUUAAAUAUUGAA